AUGACAACAAUUUCUUCAGCUUUUCCUCCAGAGCUCAAAAAUCCGGCCAGAUGUAGUAGAGUCCAUGAUAUAUACCAGAAUUGGAAACAGGAGAGCCCUUUAAAAAAUCCUAUUAUUGACUUUAGAAGGGUGAUCCCGGAAGAUGUUACUCAACUUGAAGAACUUCAUAAGGAGCUCUUUCCAAUAAUUUAUGAUAAACAGUUUUACGAAGGCAUUGCUUCUGGGAUAACUCAUGGCUGGGUGGCUGUUUGGAGGUUAAGAGAAAGUUCAGAAUCCAGCUAUUUUGAAAGCGAUGAGUUGAUUAUUGGCUUUGUUACAACUUCUCAGGACUGUAGGAUCAUUAAAGAUAAUGAUUAUAAGCAUGUAAUAAAGAGUAUACCGGAUCAAUUUUUGUUACAAGAGUUGCGUGAAAAGAUUCAAGAUGAAAGCUUCGAAAUUAGUCCAUUUCCUUUUGGAGCGAAUGUUUACAAAUAUCUUGUUUAUGUUUUAACAAUGGGCGUAAUUGAGGAGUUCAGAUUUCUUGGGAUUGGUAAACAACUUUUAAAUAUUGUGAUAGGAUAUUAUCAAAAAUUCCAUCCUACAGUAAAUGCAAUAUUUCUCCAUGUUGUUGAUUAUAACUCUAGUGCAAUUAACUUAUAUAAACGCCUUAAGUUUGAGGAAAUUCUCCACUGGGAUAACUUUUACAAAAUCUUGGACGGAUUCUAUGGAUCUUAUCUUUUUUCUUAUUAUUAUGACCGUUCAGAUUCUAGAAAUAUGUUUGACAGUUACAUCAAUUUAGGAUCCAAUUACCCAGUUAACCAAGGAAAAAAAUAUGGGAUUUUUAAUUAUAUUAAUAGAUUCAUUUCAAAUUCAUCUAAACUCCUUAAGAAUUGA